AUGGCGCUAAAAGUAAAUGCAUUCCUUGCAACAUGGAGCGCUGCUAAAGCGCUAAAAAUUCUUCAUCUGAAUAGACAUCUAUUAAUCACGUAUUUCAUUCAAAAUAAAUUAAAACAGUUGCCCAGAAUGGGUAAAACUCGAAAUGGAAAGGCUGCUGUUAUAUGCACAGUACUGGCAUUCGUUUUUAUUAUAAUUGCAUUCACCACACCCAAUUGGCUCGAAACAGACGGAAAAUUGGAAAAUCCAAAAUUUAUCAGAAUUGGUUUAUGGCAAGUGUGUUUUCAAGGAUUUGAAGAUCCACAUCACUUGUAUGAUACUAAAUUUUAUGGUUGUUGGUGGGUGUUUGAAGAAGAAUAUUACAUUAUACAUGACAUACUCCUGCCAGAUUUUUUUGUUGCAACACAAUUCUUUUUUACUUUGUGUCUGACUUUAUUAUUAAUAGGAGGUUUCUUAACUGCAUUGUAUAUGUGUUGCUCACAGCGUCAUGAUAAAUAUCAGUUACUGUUAUGGACAACUGGUGGAAAUUUGUUAUUAGGUGGAAUAUGUGGCAUUAUUGCUGUUAUAAUAUUUGGUGCACGAGGCGAUGGUAGAGAUUGGAUGCCUAAUUGGGAACACAAUGAUAUUAGUUGGUCUUAUGCAUUAGCUGUAAUUGGUAGUUUUAUUUUAGUUAUAGCAGGUACAUUGUUUUUGAUUGAAGGCCGCAGACACAAAAAGAAACAAGAAAGAAUAUUACACGAAGAACAAAAGACACAUACUACUAUUUAA